GCGGCGGCGUGCUUUGCGACGGGGAGAUGAUCUUUGGGCCAGUUUCCUGACAGGUUUCAUCAUCGCAGCCGCCCCUGCUGCCGUGGUGACACUUGUAUGGCUCGUCAAGUGCAUAUUCGACAUAUGCAGUGGCGGAUCGGGCGGCAAGAUGGUCAACAAGAAGAAAGCGUGA